UUUGUUAUUGUUCCUCAUUACUGGAAGAUUUCAAGUGUGAAACCUUAAGUUUUCUAUUAACUAAUUUACUAGUGAUGCAAGUUAGUGUAUUAGUGAAAUAAAGCACAUUUAUUUCUCUUAAACAUCUUAUGUCGACCAUAUGCGCCGAAAGCGGAAGAAAAUCCAGUUAAUCAUUGUUUUCAACCCGUCUUAAAAGACAAUUCAAGAUGGAAGUUGUUAUGUCAACACAGGGAAUUAAUUCCCUAUUUGCAGCUCUUGGCUGUCCAAUCGGAGAAGAUUAUAUAAUAGGAGAUGACUGCCAAGCAACCUUGGAAGAAAUAUUGACACGGUUAUACAAAGAAGACAAAUAUGUACGGGGCUUUAGACGACUUAUUGCAAAUUCACAAGUUAUCAAAAAAGACCUUCUACCCCUAUUUUACAAUGUCAAGAAUGAUUAUAAAAUAUUGGAUUUAAUAAUUGAGAUUUUGGAGAACCUGAUGAUACCUGUGGAAUGCUUGUUUCCCAUUGACAUAAUGAUCAAGGAAGAUGCUGGUCGCAGCACUAUCUGUCAGCUCAACUGGCUACUGACUGCCUGCAAGGAGGCCUUCCUCAACCCAUUGGCCACCAAGAGUGUCAUAGACUAUGUCAAGGUGCUCUCUAAUAAAAAGCAACUGGUCUCUGAAGAAGGAGCAACCAGCAUCCACAAGUGUCUACAACUAUUGCGCAACUUGUUGCACAUCCCCGAAGUGCGAGGUGGCGCUCCUGGUGGUGGAGCUUCACAUCAGAACCAGAUCAUCUGGAACCUGUUUACUCAGCACGCAGACAAGGUGCUGAUACAGCUGAUGACCAGUCACAGCCGAGCUCUGUGGAGUGUGACUCUAGUCCAGGUGAUCUCCCUGUUGUACAAGGACCAGCACAGUCACAUCAUACACAAGCUGUUGGCUAUAUGGUGCGACACGGCGCUCAGUGAGAGCUCGGAGGAUGAUGAGAGUAAUACAUCACCACAGGACCAAGGGUCAGGAGACUGGUCGUCUUCCAUGGCAACAUCCGACCCAACGUCCGACUCCUCUGACAGUGAUCACCAGAAACACCUUCAGAUUAAUGCUAAACAUCCGCACCAACAUCUCAAACAGGUUGCUCAACACCGAAUGACUGAGAUCCUAGCCAAUGGUAUUGGACGCAAGGCGCAGGUGGCCAUGAGGAACAAACAUGGGAACAGCAAGAACAGUCAUCCCGUGAGGCCCCGUCAUCUGGACUAUCCUCAGGACCAGCACAGUGGCAACAAGGAGGUGAAGAUGAGUUGGACCACGUCUGAGAGUGGGCUGGGCAGCAGUCUGGGCAGUGAGUCUCAUGCCAGUGGGGAAGGUCUCAAGAUGAUGGACUGUGGCUUACCUGAGUUGUCAGAGUGUGGCUGUGACAUCCAGAACCAGGAGACAAUCUCUACCUCCAGCAAUGAGGAUAAGGAGCCCUGCAGGUUUGGAAAGAAGAAAAAAGUUCACCAAAAACCACUCCACAUGAUCCAGAAAAGCCGGUACAUAAAUGGCAAGGUUCCCAUGACCAGUCAGUCAAGAAAAGAUCUGCGCCGGGAGAAAUUGAUCAAACGUAGCAAAACCACUACGCUGAACAUUAAGACGUUCCUGAACCACACUCCCAAUGAGGAGGACAUCUCCCAGCUGCUGAAGGAGUUCACUAUCGAUCUGCUUCUGAAGGGCUACGGCAGUCUAGUGACAGAACUGAAGACCGUCGUGUUGACCAAGAAAGAGGUUCACAUGGACACGUCACACUUCUCCUGGCUGAUCAUGUACUUCCUUAGAUACGCAACUCUACUGGAGCUGGACCUGGAGUUGAUCAGUCCUGUACUCUCCUAUGACAUCAUUUCCUACUUGACGUAUGAGGGGGUCAAUCUCUGUGAGGAGCUGGAGGUGGCCAAGCUGCAAGUGGGGGAGAACCUUACACGGACACUGCGUAAAUUGUAUCUGAUUGUAAGCUCCUUGAAGGAAAUUGUGUUCACUAUUGAAUGCUACCAGAAGAUAAAACAUUUGACCCCAGCUGAUCAUGAAUAUCUGAGACAGCUUCAGGAGAAGAUGGCACACACCAACGACCUGAGAUGUCUGUUUGUGUUGCUGUUGCGCCACUUUGAUCCGCUGGUGCAGAGUCAUCAGUUUCUACAAGAUGUUGUAGCCACGAACCACAGCCUGCUGCUGCUAGUGGAGAACUACCUCAGCAAAGAGGCGAUGGCGGAUCACAUCAAACAGUUCGCCACUGAAGACGUGAUGAGGCAGUAUGGAGUUUUGCUGGCCUGUUUUGAAGACAACGGAGAAACCGUGAACAACUGCAUCUUCACUAUGAUGCACCACAUUGCUGGAGAUUUGGAGAAAGUUUCCGUUCUUUUCCAACCAACAAUUCUGAGCUCUUUCAAUCGUAUCGUGGAAACUGAGUUUCAACUGAGUGAAAACUGGAUGGACCUGGUGGAGUACGUAAUACAGAAGUGUUUGAAGAGUAAGCAGACAAAGAAUAACCCUGCAGCUACAGCCUUUUCAGCCUCCAACCAUCAUUGUACAGCCAUCAUGGAGCAAGACACCCAGCCAGCCACCUGCUACGAGCAUCGGAAUAUCAAAGAAAGGGUGGUGCAGCUUAUUAAGGAGAUUUCAGACCCCCACGUUACUUUUGACAACAGGUGGAGCAAAGAAGACACUGACAAUCUCUGUUGGUACUUCCCUCAGAGCUUGCCGAUGGAUGAUCCGAUCGGACACAUCGCACAGCUGUUUACCGAGAACUGCGGAGUCAAGAAGAACCGACCAGAGAUUGUUGAAAACCUGUUCAAAAAUGGUCUUAUAGUAGAAGAAGAGUACAAGUGUCUGAUAGAAAGAGAAUCUACGAACAAUCCUGAAACCAUUCAAAAUGUUACUCCUGAAAUGGACGUUCUUGAAGGGAUCCAAGUAAUCAUAGACUACCUACACGGUGAACGUUGUGGUUUCUUUGUCAAGUGGUUGCAGACAUGUCUGCUAGAGGCUUGUUACGCUCGGUUACUUGUGGACGAGCAGCAAGAGCCUCGAUACGACCUUGUGGAGCCUGCUACUUACUUCUACACAAUGCUGAAGCUGCCUGUGCCUUUGGUCACCUGGACCCAGGACCUGUGGAAGGUGAUGCAACUAGAGCCUAGUCUAUGGCUACUCUCAGCACUCAACUUCCACCUGCCCACACGUACGGGUGAGGCACGUAUCUUCGCCAGGAUACCAGCGGAGUGGACACCCGACCAUCUCUACGUGGCCGCACUCAUCCUCGGCCCAGUAGACUCACACAACAUGAAGUUUGACCCCUCUAAACUGAACGUGAUACAACAGACAGAGGGGCCCACCAUCUCCUCUGCUACGGCAGAUCAGCCUUCUAGCUUCAGAUUUUUCCUUGGAUCUUCAUUAAAAGCAGAUUGGAUUCAGAAGGUCAAGCAGCUCAAAACAUUUCUCAAAGCUCAGCCUAUGGAGGACAAGCACGAGCGGAUGAGUCUGAUCAGCGGAGACGAACGUGACUGGGACUUAAUUUCGUUGUGUGUUAGUGACGAAGACACACGACACGACGACUCGACAGCCACCUGCCUCGCCUCUCAUUGAACACUAUUCCCUUGUGAUAUGUGCAAUAUUGAGCCAGCUGGACGGACACACACUCAUCACAGUCGAGAACUAUGACAUCAGCCGGACGUGUUUCUUUAAGUUUUGUUGUUUACAUGAUUUGUAGUCCUGACGAACUUACUGGUGGUGUUUAUGGAUGAAUUAUAAUAUUCUAUAAUAUUUCUUCAGAAGACAUAUUUUUUACUCCGUCGAUUUAUGGUGAUUUUGUACACACUAGAGGUUGUGAUGAGUGUGUGUGUGUCGUGCCCAAAUUAUUUUAUGACUUCCUCAGCUCCACCUCAAACUUAGUGCAAACACUUCGUGCUUUCUAACCUACCAUGUAACUAUUCCAGCCAAAAGUGCUGUGUGAUUUCAUCUGCCAUUCUGUAAAAUCGGACAGGGGGGAUGUUGUCUUACUGGAAUGAUUUUUUAUAUUUAGAUAUAGGUAGUUGUCAUUUCAAUUAACAAAUUUUAAAACUUAUUUUAUCCUGUUCAAGUUAAUUUCUGUGUGUUUUAUCCCUUCAGAAAGAUGAUCAAAUUAACAUUUAUUUUAUUUCAGUAAUGACGAAUUAUGGAAAAUUAUAUUAUCUUGCUCUAAGGUGGAAUGUAAGUAGUUAUGUAGGUAUAUUGUUAGUAUCUCAUAAAUGUCCCCUUAAUCAAACUGAAAAGUAGUUACCAUUCUAUAUGAGUGAACUUUUUGCAUACAGGCUCAGAAAUCAGAAAAUCAGAUUAAAAUGUCAAUAGUAGACAAGAUGGAUCUAUUUUUAUAACUCUGUAACCAAGUAAAAUGUAUUAUUUACUUAAUGUUUUUUUUAAAUACAAUUUGAGGGAUUUUAACGAGGCAUUUCCUCUUGUUUGUUAUUUUCCCUUAAUCAUUAAAAAAAUCCUAAGUAAACAAACAAGCUAACCAGUCAUUUGGGUUGUGUAAAAAAAGUAUAUUUCUUAAUUCUUGGAAGCCGGCCCUAGAUAAUGUUUGAUAAUAAACAAUAAGUUAGACAAAUUUAUUUCAAACUCCGUUUCCGCUCAAAUGGACGGAUUGAAGAAGCCUGUGUAUAGCUGAUAACACCACUCACUGUAACUAUGCUUAUUGGUUAUGGUGUAAUCUAUCACUAAAAGAUUAUGUAAGUUUACCAAGAUGUUUAGGUAGUAAGAAACAAUAUUAGAUGAGAGAAAAAUCUAGAUAAAGUGAUUAAAUGUUAAUGUUUUAAUCAUAUCGUAAUGUAGUUGUUUUAUAGUUGUUUUUUUUUCAUAUUAAGUUUUUAUCUUAAACCAUUUACCUGUUAAAAAUGUAUUUUUUCGUAUGAUCUGAUGUUAUCUUUAAAGAAAAUGUCUUUGUUUUGAAGGAAGUCCUGCAGUGUCUUUAUAUAUGUGUAGCCUACCUAUAUCAGUUGUUAGUAUUUUUCUAAGUAUAUUAUCUUACAUUAUGUUGCUGUUAAUAAUGUAGACUGAUGGAGUCGAGUUUAACUUAUCCAUGUUACAGCUAAGAACUGAAAUCACUGUCAAACCUUCGUAUGAAAUAUUUACUCAAAUGAAUUACCUUAUCAUAGUAAAUAAUGUGUGUCUUGUGAAUUGUCAUAUAAAAAUAUAUACAUGUUACAGUAAA